CACGAGAGAGACUUCACCAUCUUGCGAUUAGUUCGGGGAUUCAAUCUUCAGUUCGCCCGCGUAAGCGCGAAAAAUAUAAUGCGGCUUGUAAAGUGCGUCGAAUCGAGUCAUCGCCUCGUCGCCGCUCACCGUCGUCGACGUCAGUGAUCCGUCCGAUCGUCGAUUUAUCGCGCCUUAUCGCGCUUAACGGGGUCAUUUCUCGGCGGCGGGUUUCGCACGCAAAAGUUCCCGUUGCAUUCUGGGCCAGCAAUGGUGGGCGCGUGAUUUUGAACAAUUCGAGUUAUCGAAGGAACGCGCAGGUGGUGUUAUCAUGUCCACGAAUAAGGGACAGAAUGCACGGGCCUUGGUGGAGCCUGUAGCCUUGGACUCACGUACCCUGGGUGACAGCGACCUCAGCGCACUGAGCUUGUCGCACAGCAGCGAGCAGUACAGUUCAAAUGACUUCGACGCGUUCGCGAACAUUCAAGCAGAACUCGACUCGAUGAACGCGGAGGAAGUUAUGUCGACGGACGACGAGCGGAUAGUGAUUGAGCGUAACAUCGACACCGACGUGUUGACACCCGACGUGGAGAUGGCCGACAUUUCCGAACAAGUGCAGACGGAGCAUGUUUACACGAUGGCCAAUCAGAACAGUCAGAACAUCGUAUUUCAGACCAAGCCUACGCUGCAGAGGGUGCCUGUAUCCGCUGUUCAAGUGAAGUCGAAUGUCUGCCAAACCACGCAGAGUCAGUCGAUUAUGAUAGUGUCACCGGCGAGCGGACAAGGCACCAGCCAGAUCCUUAAGAUAUCGCAUCCGCCGACAGCUUCGGCCGAGCAACUACAGUCCCUGGCCCAGACUCUGAUAACCGGAAAGUCCACGGACGGAAGUGUCGUUCAGCUGAGGUCGGCUCAGCCUGCUAAGUCCAUCACGACAAGCAGCUCCUCGGGGAAUAUCACGAUCAGUAACAUGCAGAAUGUGAAGAUAGGUCAACCGACGACUUUGAAGCGGGCAACGCAGAAUAUUCAGACGGGACGUAACGUAUACACGAAGAUGAUACUGACGGGGAGCCAGGCGCAAUCCGCCCAGCAAGUUCUUAUCACGAGUUCGCAGAGUGAAAAUCAACAGAGCCAAGGGAUUAAAUUCCUCAACAACAGCUCGUCCAAUUAUAGCGUUACGAGCCCAACGAAGACCAUAACAUUAGCGCAAGCGCAACAAAUGGGUAUACUCCCCACGAAUAAGGUGCAACACAUCCUGCCGUCUUCGCCACAGAAACAGGGAAUGAUUCUAAACAAAUUGCUACAGUCUUCAACGUCGCAAGCAUCGAAGGUAACUAUAGUGCCUACUAGCAGUGUUGCAAAGUCACCGACAAAAAUCCUACCCGCGCCAACUGCGAGUAUUCAAGCAAAAUCUUCAACGACGACGAAUCAGUCCACGUUUGUCUCGUCCAAAUCAUCCUCACAGCAAAACCCACAGAAAGUGAUUAUCAGACAGAGUACUUUGAAACCCGGCACUGUACUUGGAAGUGGACAAGUCAUCAGAAUACCUGCUAACCAGAACAUCGUGACCGGGUCGAAUCAAGUUCACCAAAUUCAAAUGCCUGGAAGACAAGUGCAAUACGUAAGAUUAGUCAGUACACCUUCAUCAGGAUCUACCAACGUUGUUACUGUAAGCAAAACAAAGUCUGCUACGACACUUCAAACUGUAGGCAUUGGUCAAAAAAUAGGAAGUCAGCAGCAGAUCGUAAAGGUUGUGCCACUAAAUACUGGUAAUCAGACUCUGAGAACUGUUGCGCCGAAGGCAACUCUUACGAGCGGAAGUCAAAGACUGCUUAUACCUGCAACAGCAGCUACUGGAACAACUGUCGGCAAUCAGCCGAAGAACACUGUGGCGAUUCCAGCAUCAGCAUUAAGUCAGUUAGCGUCAGGUCAAGCGGUUCUAUCAGCGAAUUCGAAUGUUGGGAACAUCGUCGUUCUUCCUGCUCAAUACAUUCAACAACAGUCCACGGACGAUGGGAAAUUGAAGUCACAACAAACAACGUCGAACAUAAUGGGAACUUCGCAAAGUUCUACGGCGACUUUGUGUGUGAUAGAAGGGAAAAACUCUCAAAGAGGUUACGGCAAUGUCGAACCGAACGGUAUCAGGCCGAGGAAACCAUGCAAUUGCACCAAAUCACAGUGUCUGAAACUUUAUUGCGAUUGCUUCGCAAACGGCGAAUUUUGUCACUUGUGUAAUUGCAACAACUGUUCUAACAAUCUCGGAAACGAGGAGGAAAGACAGCGUGCUAUUAAGUCCUGCCUAGAGCGCAAUCCUAACGCCUUUCGCCCGAAAAUCGGCAAAGGCCGUGAGACUGGCGACGAUAUAAGAAGACAUAACAAAGGCUGUAACUGCAAACGCAGUGGUUGUCUGAAAAACUAUUGCGAAUGUUACGAGGCUAAGAUCCCGUGUUCUGCAAACUGCAAGUGUAUAGGUUGUCGUAAUAUUGAAGACCCGAUAUUGGAAAAGAAGAGUCUGAAAGAUCUGGCGGAGGCAACUGAAGUCAGGACAGCUCAGAUUAGUUUAAAUAAAGCGCAGCUACAAUUGUCUGAGAUGGCAUUCAGACCACCAGCAACAUCUAACUCUGGAACAAGGCAGCCAUUUAAUUUCUUGACGGACAAAGUUGUGGAGAUAACAUGUCAGUGCUUGAUGGCACAGGCAGACGAGGCGGAACGUAAUAUGUUUGACGACGAGACGUCUCAGCGGCUCAUUAUCGAGGAGUUCGGUCGAUGCUUGAAAGAGAUUAUCGAGUCAGCGCAUAAAGCUGAAGCUACCUAGCAGGUGCACUCGGUGGGAUUUUCAUUGCAACUUUCGUUUUUCAUUAUUCAUGUUUUCAUGGAAAUUGAGUAGAAAUAAAAAAGAAAAAAAAUAGCAUAAUGAAUGUUACGUACCAAAGAUUAAUCACAAGAUACAAGAUGGUCCUUAGUAUCAUCUUAGCCCGCUGAAUUAUCCUUUAAACGUUAUUACAGCUUACGCUGAGUUCCCUCCUUAGAUGCAUUUGGAAUUCUAAGAGGAAAAUAAUGUUUAGUAUGAAAGAUUAAAGGAGAAUCGAAUGACUCUGCGUGGGCUUUUGUUUCCUAAUGACGAGUUAUUCUGGAAGGUAUAAUUUAGACGGGCAAAGAUCGUUUCGUCCAAUUUCUGACAGACGGCAGAAAUAAUUUUAUUUUACUGAAAAAAGAAGGAGAACACACAACCACAUUUGUUAAUAAUUGAUCGAAUAAGCUGGAGAAAAUUUAAAUUUCCUCGAUCUUGAUGGAGAAAUACGAAUAGUUGCAAUCGAUCGUCUCCUCAGACGUAUGUUCUUUAAAGCACGAUAAGUCAGAAAUGGAACCGGAAUACGAAAUGGAAAGUGUCAACAUUAUCUUCGCCUAGUAGUUGGAUUACAUAAACGUUACUUGGCACUUUACGCUUCGCACGGUAUUUCAGACAUGUUUCAGAAGCGACAACGCUUUCAUAAGUUGAAUUCGCAGACUUCAAUUACAAACUCGUUUUCACAUAUAAUUUAUAAAUAUAAUCUACUGUAUCUACAAAAUAAUAUAUAAUUAGACAUUAAAAACCAAAUAUAUAU